GAUCUCCAUGCGGAUGUGACAUUUCAGAGAGGAGCGCGACCGCCAUUUUGAGUUUUACCUCAACUGAACAUCACAAACCACGGGAGCGGGUGAGAGAGCUCUGGCCGUGACCGGGCAAAAUAUUUUACUUAGAGUAUACAUUUGAAAUGCAACUGCUUAAUGAAUUUAGCUAUUCGAUUCGUUAAUAGUUCUACUGGACGUAAUAUCGAGACAAAACGUAUGCAUGUCUGCUUGAACUUCUAAAUUAGUGCGAUUUCAAAUUAGAAUCUGGUUUGAAUGGAUAGCUUUUUUCUCCGCUCCCCCCCAGAAGAGGGACAAUCGGAGGAGCAGACGGACUGGACAUAUUGCAGGAAAAGUUCUAUUUAGAAUUGUUUCGAGAGAUUUUUGGUUGAAUUUUCUAUCCUUUGUCACUCUCGCUAGCUUAGCUACCUAGCAUCAGCUAGCUAUAAACAAGGUAUUUGUUUUCUCCGGCUGCAGGUUGUGGUGCGAGUUCAAUUUCACUCACUUCGUCUUCUGCCCCAUAUUAUAGGGGCAAAGUCGGAUUUAAUUCAGCGGGCCUCCUUGCACAGGAGCCCAAAUCAUCUAUCCCAGUUAGUGUUAGUAUCCCCAUCAAGGCGCCGAGAUUGGGCGAAUAGCGAGCAAAUACGUCCGUGUUUCUCUGCCUGCUCCCCCACCGACCUCCCUUCCUCAGUCCCCGGCGCUGACUGCAGAAAAGGCCGAGGUCGUUGUAGAACAGGCCCAGCCGCCAAGGCUCGACCUGUUUACCCCUCCUCCGCAUCCUCAAACACCCCAUCAACUUCCCCGGACCCCUUUCUCCACGGAACCGACACCAGACAAGGUCCAGGGGAACAAAAACAACAAACAUCACAACAUCACAACAGUUGCCAACAUGAACCACCACCAUCACACUCAGCAACAGCAGCAGAAAGCCGGCGAGCAACAGCUUAGCGAACCCGAGGAUAUGGAGAUGGAAGCUGGGGACACAGAUGAUCCCCCUAGAAUCCCCCAGAACCCUGUCAUCAACGGGAACAUGGCCAUAGCAGACGGGCAUAACAACACAGAGGAAGACAUGGAGGACGAUACCAGUUGGCGGUCAGAGGCUACCUUCCGCUUUGUUGUGGAGCGAUUCAGCCGGCUGAGUGAGUCUGUGCUCAGCCCUUCUUGCUUCGUGAGGAACCUGCCCUGGAAGAUCAUGGUGAUGCCACGCUUCUACCCAGACAGGCCUCACCAGAAGAGUGUGGGCUUCUUCCUGCAGUGCAAUGCAGAGUCCGAUUCCACGUCGUGGUCGUGUCAUGCCCAGGCGAUGCUGAAGAUCAUCAACUACAAAGAUGACGAGAAGUCCUUCAGUCGCCGCAUUAGCCACCUCUUCUUCCACAAGGAGAACGACUGGGGCUUCUCCAACUUCAUGUCCUGGAGUGACGUGACUGAUCCGGAGAGGGGAUUUGUAGAGGAUGACAAAGUCACCUUUGAAGUCUUUGUGCAGGCAGACGCUCCACAUGGGGUGGCGUGGGACUCAAAGAAGCACACCGGCUACGUGGGGCUCAAGAACCAGGGAGCCACAUGUUACAUGAACAGCCUGCUGCAGACGCUGUUCUUCACCAACCAGCUCCGGAGGGCGGUGUACAUGAUGCCGACCGAAGGGGAUGACUCCUCCAAAAGUGUCCCGCUGGCUCUGCAAAGGGUUUUCUAUGAACUUCAACACAGUGACAAGCCAGUGGGGACAAAGAAGCUGACCAAGUCUUUCGGGUGGGAGACCCUUGACAGUUUCAUGCAGCACGAUGUGCAGGAGUUGUGCAGAGUGCUGCUGGACAAUGUGGAGAACAAAAUGAAAGGCACUUGUGUGGAGGGCACCAUCCCAAAACUCUUCAGAGGAAAGAUGGUGUCCUAUAUCCAGUGUAAGCAUGUCGAUUACCGGUCCGAGAGAAUAGAGGACUACUACGACAUUCAGCUCAGCAUAAAAGGAAAAAAGAACAUUUUUGAGUCGUUCAAAGACUAUGUGGCUGUUGAGCAGCUGGACGGAGAUAACAAGUAUGAUGCCGGAGAGCACGGGCUCCAGGAGGCAGAAAAAGGUGUGAAGUUCCUCACCUUCCCCCCGAUUCUGCACUUGCAACUGAUGAGGUUCAUGUACGACCCCCAGACCGACCAAAACAUCAAGAUCAACGACAGGUUUGAGUUCCCUGAACAGUUGCCACUGGAUGAGUUUCUCCAGAAGACUGACGCCAAGGACCCGGCCAACUACAUCCUUCACGCGGUGCUGGUGCAUAGCGGGGACAACCACGGCGGCCACUAUGUCGUCUAUCUCAACCCUAAAGGAGACGGCAAAGCGAGUGUCACCGAGCCAAUAUGGUGUAAGUUCGAUGACGACGUGGUGUCACGGUGCACCAAGGAGGAGGCCAUCGAGCACAACUAUGGCGGCCAUGACGACGACCUGUCCGUGCGCCACUGCACCAACGCCUACAUGCUGGUGUACAUCCGGGAGUCCAAGCUCAGUGAGGUGCUGCUGCCGGUGACAGACGUGGACAUUCCCCAGCAGCUGGUGGAGCGGCUGCAGGAGGAGAAGCGUGUGGAGGCCCAGAAGAGGAAGGAGAGACAAGAGGCGCAUCUCUACAUGCAAGUGCAGAUGGUGACCGAGGACCAGUUCUGUGGCCACCAGGGUAACGACAUGUACGACGAAGAGAAGGUCAAGUACACCGUGUUCAAGGUGCUCAAGAGCUCCACCCUGGCUGAGUUUGUCCAAAACUUGUCACAGACCAUGGGCUUCCCACAGGACCAGAUGAGGCUGUGGCCCAUGCAGGCCCGGAGCAACGGCACCAAGAGGCCCGCCAUGCUCGACUACGAGGCCGACUGCAACAAGUCUAUGAUUGACUUGAGUGACAAUGAAAACCCGUGGACAAUAUUUCUGGAAACAGUAGACCCAGAGAUGGCUGCCAGUGGUGCCACGUUACCGAAGUUCGACAAAGACCAUGAUGUCAUGUUGUUCUUGAAGAUGUAUGAUCCAAAAACCAGAAGCUUAAAUUAUUGUGGACAUAUCUACACACCUAUAUCCUGUAAAAUACGAGACUUGCUGCCCGUCAUGUGUGAGAGAGCAGGGUUCCAGCAGGGAACUAGUCUUAUCCUCUAUGAGGAAGUUAAACCGAAUUUAACAGAACGCAUACAAGACUAUGACGUCUCCUUGGACAAGGCUCUGGAUGAAUUGAUGGAUGGAGAUAUCAUUGUGUUCCAGAAGGAUGACCCUGAGAAUGACACCAGUGAGCUUCCCACAGCGAAGGACUACUUCAGAGACCUGUACCACCGCGUGGACGUCAUUUUCUGCGACAAAACCAUCCACAAUGACCCUGGCUUUGUCGUCACACUGUCCAACAGAAUGAACUACUUCCAGGUGGCUAAGACUGUAGCACAGAGGUUAAACACUGACCCUAUGCUCCUGCAGUUCUUCAAGUCCCAGGGGUACAGAGAUGGCCCAGGAAACCCUCUCAGGCACAACUAUGAAGGCACUCUCCGAGACCUGCUGCAGUUCUUCAAGCCCCGGCAGCCCAAGAAGCUCUACUACCAGCAGCUGAAGAUGAAGAUCACAGACUUCGAGAACAGGCGGAGUUUCAAAUCCAUAUGGCUCAACAGUCAGUUUCGUGAAGAGGAGAUAACACUAUACCCUGACAAGCAUGGCUGCGUGAGGGACCUGUUGGAGGAAUGUAAAAAAGCUGUGGAGCUCUCUGACAAAGGCUCGGAGAAGCUGAGGCUCUUAGAAAUCGUAAGCUACAAAAUUAUCGGCGUUCACCAAGAGGACGAACUGCUAGAAUGUUUAUCUCCUGCGGCCAGCCGAACGUUCAGAAUAGAGGAGAUCCCCCUGGACCAGGUGGACCUGGACAAAGAGACCGAGAUGCUGAUUCCUGUUGCACAUUUCCACAAAGAAGUCUUUGGGACCUUCGGCAUUCCCUUCUUGCUGAAAAUCAGACAGGGCGAGUGCUUCAGAGACGUCAUGAGGAGGAUUCAGACCAUGCUCGACAUCCAAGAGAAGGAGUUUGAGAAGUUUAAAUUCGCGAUUGUCAUGAUGGGCCGACAUCAGUACAUCAACGAGGAUGAGUACGAGGUCAACCUGAAGGACUUCGAGCCGCAGCCAGGAAACAUGUCACACCCAAGGCCUUGGUUAGGACUAGACCAUUUCAACAAAGCUCCAAAGAGAGGCCGCUACACAUACCUGGAAAAAGCGAUCAAGAUCCACAACUGAGCAGAUUCCACGCUAACGCCACAGCUCCACCCAUACUAAAGACUUUAACCAAACCUCUCUUGUGUGCACCACGUUUUAACACCUGCUGACAGGGUACACAGGCACCAUGUAUGAAGUCUUCAGCAAAUGGAUUUGCUGCUGAUGUGUUUUUCUUUUGUUUUUUUUCUCCCCCUUGUUCCUCCUUCUGAGGCUGUUCAAUUUGGCUUCUCUAACUAUUGGCUGCCUAUUGGGUCUGGAAGAAUGAAUUGGAUUUUAGCAAAAUGGGUGGAUGGUUUGAACUUGUAGAUUUCUUUUUUGUUUUUCCUUUUUUUUUUUUUUUUUUAAGAAUUGUUAUGGUGAUAAGGCUGGUGCAUAGCGUUGGAGGGAGGCGGCAGAAAGAGAUGUUUGCCAUUCGUGAAAACAAGGACACUGAUCCUUCAAAAACAAAUUCAUUGCGGAUGGUCGAUGCUUGCUAGUUGCCCUGAAGUGGUUGUCAUUUUUUUUUUCCUGGUCCCUUAGUGCAACUAGUCAAUUUUCAUGUUUACACAACUCUUUUCUCACUUAGUUUGGUUGGAGGAAUUCAGUUUAGUUCAGUUUUUUUUUCUGCAAAACUUGUAUAAUAAAUAAAACAAACAAAAAAUAACAAUAAAGAUCCACAGCAUCUGUUUUAAAUAAAUGAAAAAAAAAAAGAAAAGAAAUAAAUUUGUCUGUACUUCAUCUUGCACGUUGGCACUUAUUAUCAAAGGGUUUACAUUUUUCAGCACUGUCAAAUGUAAACUUUGGUUGUAGUAUGAUUUGCAUAUCCCUUUGGGUUGCUCCCCCCCACUCGGUCUUAAGCUUUUUGUUUUACAUUUUUUCUUGUUUGGGUUUUCCCCCUCUUUCUUGCCCUCCAUUCUUAUUCUGCCUGUCCGGACUCCUCUGUGUCCCCUGUCUGCCUCUGACUCUCUGCUGUGUUUGGCUUUAUCAGAGGAUUAGGGCCCCACCCGGCCCCUCAUACGCUACACAUUCACUGUACUUCGCAUUGGCAGGGAAUCUGCAGGCACAUAGGACUGGUGAAGGCCAUAGAAUAAUCAAACCAGCACCAAUAACCAAUACAAACACCCUUUUUUUCUUUUUUUCCCAAGUGCAGAAAGAAGGCGCCCUAGUGCAUAGUUGGCUUUGUUAAAGACAACAAUGAAAUUGUAUAUUUAAAGAAUGAAAAACCUGUAAAAUUAAAAAAAAGUUAAAGAAAAAAAAAAAAAACAUUUUGUUGGGUACAGAUUGAUUCAGAUGUUCAUAUUCAUUGUGUGUAGUUUUAUUUUGGAUCCUGACUUUUCCGUUUAAUUUUUUAUUUUGUUUUCUUUAACCAAUUGCAACAGUUUUGUCUUGUUUAAGUGCAGUACGAAGAUGACCUGCAGAUCACAUCUUGGAGUUUUUCCAGUUUAAUUCCUCCUUGUAGCAGCAGUGUACGACAACUAUUCCUGUAUAUUGCCUUUUUGCUGGAAAAUGUAUGUUGAAUAAAAUUUUCUAUAAAAA